GGCUCACUCUCACUGUAACUGUGGGAGACGCUUCCUUGACCUUCCCUCUCCUCCUCUCCUGAUGUGUUGCUCAUUCUUCACCUCCUCGUCUUUGUCGCCGGGUGUCUGACGCUCCCAUUCGGACGACGGCUGCGUCCAUGCAAACAUGGGUUGUGGCAAUUCGUCCGCCGCCAGCACCACAGGGGGGGGGCCAGCCGAAGCCUCCAGGGAAGUGACAGAAGAUCCCUUGGCAGACGAUGAGAAAAGAAGGAAUUAUGGCGGCGUGUACGUGGGUCUCCCGGCAGACUUGACAACGGUGGCUGCGAGUCAGUCCAAGUCGAGUCGAACAGAGUGAAAAGUGAAAAAAAAUUCUUGUCUCGUGACUGAUCAUCUUCUUGCAGAAUAGCGUAGUCACUAAAAGUGAGCGCAGUAGAGGUCGACUGACUUCGAGUAAAAACGGGCGUGGACCUCAACUUCCGCACUUUCAAAUGAGACCAACCAGCGGCACGUGGGUGACGUAAUUGCAGUGUGACAAGGCUUCAAAGAUGAUUUGCGUAUACUUGUCACUGCCGACACGUUUGGUGUUCAAGGGUUGAGAGCACUUUGACUGGCUAAAUUUGAAAAAUGAACACUUUUUUUUCAUGAAUGAACAUUCGUUGGAUGUUGGACAUGUCUUGUCCUGGAUGGACAAUUUAAUUCCUCAUCUUGACAGGCACCACACAUAUUCACCUUGAGGCGCCCCCUAUGGACUCCGCCUUGGAUGCACCGUGACCUCACCAACUGACACGUCAGCCCUCUUAACGCGUCGCUUGAGUCAAGAUGCGGACAUUUCCUUAAGUCUCUGAAGACCACGCUGCCUCGUGAACUCUUCACGGGAGGCGAGGCAACACAAAAUGGAGCUCUACGGACACCAUCUCUAAUUAUCCUUCAGAAAUAAACCGAUGGGCGUGGAAGUCGACAGGCGCCCUCAAGGGGACUGCAAGGCAGCAGCAGGCAGUGAGUGUCGUGACGGCCAUUUUGGCGUGUCAGUCACAGUGAUGAAAUGUCGCUGGCCAAUUAAGAUUUGUUUUUUUCCAUUAGCACGCCACAAAUAGCGGUCAACACAUUAGUGACUCACUACGCAGAGGAAGAAUGUCAGAUAAACAACGAGAGGCCCUUCAAGCAACGCUCACAGGCCAUAAUAUUAGGAACACCUGUACAGACCUUAUGCUUUGUUCCCCAAUAAAUUGAGAAAUUUAUCAAUAAA